AUGGUAAAAAUUCGUACAAUCAAUACCCCUGAGCCCCCUGAGGGUUGGGAAUUGAUAGAGAAUACUUUGAUUGAGCUGUCUGAGAAGAUGAAGGAACAUGAACGGGAAUCGAGUGAUGGGAAACGGAAGGCAGAGAUUCUCUGGCCAAUUUUUAGGAUUCACCAUCAAAGAAGUAGAUAUGUCUACGAGAUGUACCAUAUCAGGAAGGAAAUUUCACGUGAAUUAUAUAAUUAUUGCAUAGACGAAGGAUAUGCAGAUCAGGCUCUAAUUGCAAAAUGGAAGAAGAAAGGUUAUGAAAAACUAUGUUGUCUUAGAUGUAUUCAGACUGGUGGUCAAAAUUUUGGUACUACUUGUAUUUGUAGAGUACCGAAGAAAGAUUUGGGUCCGGACAAAGUUAUUGAAUGCAUUUACUGUGGGUGUAGAGGUUGUGCUAGCUGUGAUUAA